GGGAGCGGUAUUAGGGCGGACGUUUCCUUGGAUCCGCUCUGGGCCACGGUCUGUUGUAUGUGAGAUAGAGAGAAGUGAGAUCGUGAGACAAAAGAGGGGGGGGAAUCAGACAGUUACUCACUUUUUCUGAAAUGAAUAAAGACGCACAACUCCGAGCGACUAUAAACCAAAAGUUGAUAGAAACAGGAGAGCGAGAACGUCUGAAGGAAUUACUCCGAGCUAAGCUGACCGAAUGUGGAUGGAAAGAUCAGUUGAAAGCGCAUUGUAAAGAUGUGAUCAGGGAAAAAGGCUUGGAACAUGUUACAGUUGACGAUUUGGUGGCAGAAAUUACUCCAAAAGGGAGAGCCCUAGUGCCAGAUAGUGUAAAGAAGGAACUUUUGCAGAGGAUAAGGACCUUUCUUUCUCAGCAUGCCAGUCUUUAAGUUUCCGAUGAGCAAAUUGCCAUUUCUUUGUAGUUUAAUUGAUCAUCAGAUUGGCUCCAAUGCCGAGGUGAAACUGAACAUGGCUUUAUUUUUUGUGACAAGCUUUUGUGAUUGUUUUGUAAUACAUUUAUUGUCUUAAGUUUUUAUGUUCAUGAAUAUAAUUCACAAGCAGCUUUUCUACCCACUUCGCAAUUUUCAAUGACAUGUUAAAUGUGUUUAAAUAAAAUUUAUUUUGAAAUGAUUA